AUGCAAGUGGCAGAUUUCGAGGCCUCCGAAGCCGAGUGGGCGAUCGACAGAAUCUUAUCGCACCACGGGCGACGGACGGACGCCUUGUUUGAAAUUCUGUGGAAGUCAGGGGACAAAACCUGGUUACCUUAUGCGCAAGUUGAAAAAUUGGGCGCACUUACCGAGCAUUUGAGUUUCCUUGGGAUCCAAGAUGUCUCGGAUUUGAUGGACGGCAGUGGGGAACCUCCGAAAGAUGACCCCCAGGUGUUUUUAGGGCACCUUACCUGCGAUGGACUAGCCUAUAAAGUCCCUAUCUCCCACUUCCUCAAAUACUCCCUCGCCUUCUCUAGAUCCUCCAUCACAAACCAUCCCUUGACCAUCCACUCCACCCAGAAACAGCCCAGUAUGGCACCCACUCUGCUCAACCACGUCAGCGCUCGUCACUUCACCUUACCCAACACGCUGGGAGAGGAUGGGGAGAUGCUUGUCACCACCGACAUCCUCCGCGCCUACCUCGAAUACAACACUCACCUCAGAGCCGGCACUGCUGCUCUUCGUUACACGCCCAGCGGGUACGGCAACUUCGCACUGGCCUUCAACCUCAUGCAAACUGAGGCCGGGCGUACCUCUCAGAUGGCGCAAGGGGGCCCCGACGAACCUCGCAUUUCCGGUCCUGCGCCCUCCCUGAUUGACCUCAUAGGAGAGGAGUCAGCUGCGCCUACCCCCGCAUCCCGCGCAUGCACCCCUGAAGGAGGGCAUUACCUCAACCCUCAGAGGGCUGAGCUGCUCAAGGAAGCCCUGUGGAUGAACCUGGAGACGUCAAAGAAAAAUGCGGCCAAAGCAGCCAAAGGUGACCCCAGCAUCCACGGAACUAGACAAGCCACACAACACCAAGAUAGAGGCGAAUGGUCUAGCACAGGCUCUGGAAUGGCCUCCCCCUCGCCUACUGCACUGGCGCGCAUGGAGGUUGACGACGAAGAAAGGUCUUGCACCAAGGGCACUGGGAACACGACAGCAGGGACGAAGGAGACUGACCCUGCUUCGAAGAGGAUUCCGAAGAAGAAGUGA